UUGAUGCCAAGUGCAUAAACAAAUCUGAUUUCUGAAAACAAGAUCAGAAAGAUCUACAGGAAAACAAUAGAUUUUUAUUACUCACUCCACAACUUCACUUGCACAACAAAACCCCACCUUUCAACAGAUUCUCACUUCUGUCAAUCCAAGAAAAGCAGACUUUCUUUUCCACUGUACUAAGUACUAACACUAUAUCAAGGAGACAAGGACCCUGCUCUCUCUCUCUCUCUCUCUCUAUCUCUCUCUCUCUCUCCUGCUCCACAGAUCGGUAAUCGAUCAGACUCAUUUUUUUCUUCACUACUACCUUCCUCUAUAAAUGCCCAUAAAUUCCACUUUGCCCCACUGACUUUUUGUGUGUGUCCAUUUUCCUCUCCAUAAUAGUGUAGAAAUUCAAGAGAGUGAUGGAUUCAAGUACCCAUUCACAGAAAUGGGUAUGGGUAUGAAGAAGUGGAAUGAAAAAGGCUGUCUUGGAGCUCUGAGUUUUAAUUUGAAGAAUCUAUACUAGUAGUAAAUAGAAGAGGGUAUGUCUGCAGACAACAUCAAAGGUCUGGUCUUGGCUAUCUCAUCCAGUUUCUUCAUUGGGUCUAGCUUCAUUGUCAAGAAGAAGGGACUCAAGAAGGCUGGUUCUGGAUCUGGUCUUAGGGCAGGCGCUGGAGGCUAUUCUUACUUAUUGGAGCCGCUUUGGUGGGCUGGAAUGGUAACAAUGAUUGUUGGAGAAAUAGCAAAUUUUGCUGCUUAUGCUUUUGCUCCAGCUAUACUAGUAACUCCCCUCGGUGCACUGAGUAUUAUUAUCAGUGCUAUACUUGCACAUAUGAUUUUAGGGGAGAGACUACACAUUUUUGGUAUUGUUGGUUGCGUUUUAUGCAUCGUGGGUUCAACUAUCAUAGUUCUACAUGCCCCACAAGAGCGUGAAAUUGAGAAUGUGCAGGAACUCUGGGAUCUUGCUACUGAGCCAGGCUUCUUGUUGUAUGGAACCAUGGUAGUAGCAGCCGUUGUUAUAAUCAUUGUUUAUUUUCUCCCGAAGUACGGGCAGACUCAUAUAAUGGCUUAUGUUGGAGUGUGUUCACUUGUGGGCUCGAUUGGGGUAAUGAGUGUCAGAGCAUUGGGCAUAGCACUGAAGUUAACGUUUGGUGGGACAAAUCAGUUAGUAUAUCCUCAGACAUGGGCGUUUGCAGUAAUUGUAGCUACGUGCUUGCUGACACAAGUGAACUACUUAAACAAGGCUCUUGAUACAUUCAACUCGUCUGUUGUAUCGCCUAUAUACUAUGUAAUGUUUACAACAUUAACAAUUGUGGCCAGUGUUAUCAUGUUUAAGGACUGGAAUGGGCAAUAUGCAACUCAAAUUGUUACGGAGCUUGGUGGGUUCGUCACCAUUCUAUCGGGAACCUUCCUUCUUCACAAAACUAAAGACUUGAAUGAAGUUUCUUCACCAUCUUUCGCGUUUCGCAAUCCUAAGUAUGAAGAAGCAGAUGGAAUCAAUCUUGAAAGCAUACCCCUCAAGCGUCAAGAAUCUAUGCGAUAAGUGUAGUCAUGGCUUUAACCUGCCAGGCUCUAUUUUUGUUCGGUUUCAAUCUCUUAUGUGUAUAGUUCUCUAGCCUCUACACAGAAAGUGAUAUCUGGCUACAUAUUGACAGGCAGAGGGUUGGUUGAAGAUCAUUAUAUUUGUGUAUGGCCUUGGUGCAGUGAAAAUUUUGCUCUUUAAAAUGUGCAACGUUUUAUUA